GUGGAUCAGAAGCAGGAGAUCAUCUGUGAAAUCAUUCAGCAAUCAUGCGUCUGUCCUCAGCUUUUCAUCAAAUGAUCAUUUUGUCCGCUUUGCUUUUUCUUUUGUGUGCUUUUACAUCAGGAGAUCAUCUUUUGCAGGUUGCGUACCCUGUUCCCACCAGGGAUUCUCGUUUCGACCGCAAAGAUACAGUUUGCUGCAGGACACUUACGACAAAUGAACCACAGAUCAAAAUAAAUAGCUGUUACUUCCUUCAAGAAAUAAGCAAGUGUCUUAAGUCUGUGCUGUUCAUUGAUGUAAAGAACAAGAUGCACUGCAUAGAUCCGACAGCUCCAUGGCUUGAGGCAAGAAUAAAGCGUCUAGAAGAGAAUGGGGUAAAGUGUAUAAAAACAAAAGCACAUUAGGACUGGACAUCGGAGAACUUCACUCAGACCUUGAUCUUCACUAUGCUGGAACUACACCAGAAAGAGAUUUUCAUCCAGUAGUGUUACUUUACAACAUAUUCCUGCCUUAAACUGUAAACACACAAUUCUGUGCUGGGAUAUAAUAGAUUUGAGAAAAGCUUUUUGGUUUACUUUUUACUAAACUGUACUGUAAAAGUUGUCCUUUGACUUGACAUAGCGAAAAUAAAGAAAAACAACUUAUAAAAA